AUGCAUUGGAUACCCAUCGUCUCAAUAACGCCGUCACAGUAUAUGGCUCUUCCGUGGAAAGCUCUUGUCCUGCUCAUCUCCUUCUGCCACUUCGUCUUUGAAUCAUGGCUUACUCUGCGGCAGAUGCGCGCCCUGCGGGACACCGCAGUGCCACCACGUCUCGCCGACAAGUUGGCGCAGCAGACGGUGGCGGAUUCGCAUUCCUACAAGCAGGCCAAGGCGAAGCUCAGUCUUGCGACGGGCGUAUGGGGACAGCUCAUCAACGCGACAAUCAUCUCCUUUGAUGCGCUGCCGUGGCUGUGGGACACCAUCGGCGGCCUAGCGCCAGCAAUGGCCACCAACACCAACCGCUCCAUCGUGUUCGCUCUGUGCUACAUGUGGUUCUGCAAUUGCGUGUACCUGCCUGUCCAGGUAUACGACACUUUUGUGGUGGAGGCUGCGUUUGGCUUCAACAGACAGACACCAGGGCUCUUCUUGCGCGACUUCGUCAAGAUCCAGGCGCUCAACUCUGUGCUGCUUGCCCCGUCCCUGGCCCUGUUCCUUGGCAUCGUUGCCAGGACGGGGAACAACUUUGCGUUGUACGUCUGGCUAGGGGCGGCGGCCAUCCAGGCGCUCAUCAUCACGCUGGACCCCAUCUUGUUCACGCCGCUGUUCAACUCGCUGCGGCCGCUGGCGGACGAAAGCCUUGUUCCCCGCGUGGAAGCUCUGGCCGCGAGGGUCGGGUUUCCGCUGCAGCGCGUAUAUGUGUCCGACAACAGCAAGCGAAGCGCGCACUCGAAUGCAUACUUCUACGGCUUCCCUUGGCAGAUGCAGAUCGUGGUGCAGGACACGCUCCUUCAGAAAGCAAGCACCGAUGAGAUCACAGCCAUCAUAGCGCAUGAGCUCGGUCAUUGGAAAUACCACCACAGUAGCAAACUCUUCCUGAUACAACAGGUGAAUCUCUUUGUCGUCUUCCUUGCUUUCGCAGCCUUUGCUGGCCGUUCCGAUCUCUACCACUCUUUUGGCUUUUAUUCCGAGGGGCCCAUCAUUGCGGGCUUCGUUCUGUUCUACAAGGUACUUUUACCAGUCAACUCUGUUUUACAGCUGCUCCACAACGCCGUCUGCCGCCGAUAUGAGUUCUCGGCCGACAGCUUCGCCAAGGACACGGGGCAGGGCCAUGAACUUGCGCGUGCCUUGAUCAAGCUCCAUACGCAGAAUCUUGGGGCAGUCCACAAUGAUUUCCUCUAUGCAUGCUACCACCACAGCCACCCCAGCCUGGUUGAACGCCUCUCACACCUCGGUAUGAAAGAGAAGAUCUAG